GCUCUGUCUUUCUCUCCUCUGCCCCACCACCAUUCUUCUUUCUUCAUCUUCUUCUUCAUCAUCUUCUCUGCCUCUGCAAAUAUAUAAAUUCCCUUUCUUACUUACACCUUCUCCAAAUACCAUACAUAUAUAUAUAUAUAAUCUCAUCACUUGCCCAAACACAAUCUAUCAAUCUAUCUUCAUCAAACCAGUUCUUAUCUGCAGAAUAUGAACAAGGGUCAUAGGAAAUCCCUCCAGCAAGAGUUCUUAAAGAAAUGGGUGAUGGGUAUUCAAGAAUUUACUUCAUUUUCAAAUAAUAAGCAUUUGAAUGUCUUUGAUAGAAAGAAAAUCAUCAAGCAAUCUGCUGACAUAGCCAUGGCUUCUGCCAAGAAACCUAGCACCAAUUGGAGUCGUGCUGUGAUUAUGAAUGCUUCAAGAGAUCAUAAGCUUAUACUUGCAAGAAGAAGCAGGCAGAUUCUAAAGAGGAGAAGAUCAAGAUUGAAGAAAAACAAGAAGGUUCUAGAAGCCAAGACCAUGGCAAGAAGGUUGGUUAAGAAGAGAACACAAGUGCUGAAACGACUUGUCCCUGGAGGAGAAGCCAUGGAUGGGCUGUUAUUGAUAGAGGAAACCCUAGAUUAUAUCUUCUCACUUCAAGCUCAGGUUGAUGUUAUGCGAUUCCUUGUUAAUGCUAGUAAUGAUCAUGAUCGUGACCAUGUUCAUGUUCAUGUUCAUCCAAUCCCAGAUCAGAGCAAUUAAUGGUAUUUGAUUCACAAAUUUUGUUUUUCUUUUUCAUGUUUGAAAUCCAAAGCAAUUAGAUAUCAUCUAUAUAGUUCCUAGUCUAGUUUCAUUUAAA